AUGGGUUUUAUACCUCCCCCCCCUCCCCCCAACGUUGUCAAAAUUGGAUUUAUGAACUUGCGUCAUAUCAAAUUUUCUCAAUCUUCAAUUUCUAUGUUGAAUGCACAAUAUUCUGCAGGGGGCAUUUGGAGAAAUCAAGACAUCAGUCGUCCCGAGAUCGCGACUAUAACAAUUCCUCCUACUCUUCACGGGAAAAGGAUCGCCAUAGACAUCAUUCUUACGCUUGAACUGAUCAUCAAGUUCAUGACAUCUCUCUUUUUCUCCUAA